ACUAACCAAGCCACCACUGUCCCAACUAACCUAACCACCCCUAUCCCAACUAACCAAACCACCACUGUCCCAACUAACCAAACCACCCCUAUCCCAACUAACCAAACCACCCCUAUCCCAACUAACCAAAUCACCACUAUCCCAACUAACCAAACCACCCCUAUCCCAACUAACCUAACCACCCCUAUCCCAACUAACCAAGCCACCACUGUCCCAACUAACCAAACCACCCCUAUCCCAACUAACCUAACCACCCCUAUCCCAACUAACCAAGCCACCACUGUCCCAACUACCCGACCCACCACUAAACCAGGUACACUGACCACCACACAACCAGGCAGUUUAACCCCCAGUAACCCUACAGGCACAAGCACAACUGUAAAACAGACCACGACAACCAAACACACGCCGAACUCCACCCUCAUCCCAGGUAACCCCACCACGCCUGCCCCCCCUGCAUCACCAACUUCCCCUUCCUUUCCACAUGUACAUGCAUGCACUCACACUCAGUUAUCACGCACACGUACAUGCAUACCGUCAUGCUCACAGACUCAAUUAUGAACACGCCUUUGAACACACGUGUGCAUGUGCUUACACUGACCCGCAUACAUGCAUGUGCACAUAUGUGCACACACUUGUUUGCAUGCAUGCUCACACAUACUCAUUUGGAUAUACACACGCACACAUGCACACACACACACACACACAAACACACAUACGCAAAGAAACAUAACAUACAGACAUGGAGAAUUACAUGUAAAGUGUGGAGGUAAAGACCAACAAUAAGAGGAUAACUGUAUUACCUUACAAUGUUUAAUUUCUGAAUUUUGCUAAAAUAUUAAUAUGCAUUUUCUUGUUUUCUCAAAGCAAAUUUCUGCAAUGGAGCCGUUGUCGAUGGUUUCACUUUCAACGAGACUGUCAUUGGACGGUUUAGCUACUCGCGUGAGCCCUGUCCGGGACCAGCCAAUGUGGGUUUUCCCCUGGCGUCAGUGCAAUGUUUGCCCAAGAGCGGCUCACCGGGUUUUGGUCCGGUACGGAAGCUGGACUGUAGCCUGACCCUGAAUGACCUCCAAAAGAAUAUCGCUGGGAAUUCCGUGAGCGUCUCUACCAACGUGCUGAUGCUGACCUCUCAACCCACACGGCUUACACCUGACAACAUCACCACUGCGGCUAAGAUUGUCACUCAACUCCUGAACUCCACCCCUACCGAGGAAGUUGCGGCUGCCGCGGUAGCCACCGUUAGCCAGCUGCUGAGCGCCAACAUCCCUGACGUGGGCACCGUGAACAGCAGUGCCACAAACAGUCUGACAUCUGAACUGGCGAGCUUCUCCUUGCAGCAGAAGGAAGGCGAAUCCCUGCUGGUGCAGCCCAACCUGGUGGUGCAGUCUGUAGGAGGGCUGGGAGCCUCUCGCGGUGUGGAGUUUUUAACGCAGACUGGAUUGUUUGUGGCCGACAGAAUUCACCUCAACACCAGCACCAACCAGCUCAGCAACGACAACACGUCUGAUUUAAGUGUGCAGAUCCUCAUCCAGCUUCAUCCAGAUGCAUCUAGGGCGGAUGAAUCGGUAGGUUUUGUGCUCUAUCAGAAUGACCUGCUGUUCCAGUCUGUGAAGUUCAAGGCCCCCCUGGGCACCACCAGGCAGGUCAUUUCUGCCUCCUUGACCAAUGAAGGGAGGCUUGGUCUCGUAGAACUGCGCUUCAGGCCCACAAAUGCGACCGGCGCCGUGCUCCACGACUUCGCCUGCGUGUUCUGGAACUACACCGCGAACGACUGGAGCACGGCGGGAUGCAGGAAAAACGGCAGCUCCAACACCAGCCUGGGCUGCGUCUGCGACCACGCCACCAACUUCGCCGUGCUGAUGUCCUUCAGGAAUAAUUAUGCCUACACUGAAGCCUUGAACUGGAUCAGCAUUCUGGGAUGCUCACUGUCUGUCGCUGGGGCCAGCGUCACGAUAAUAUUCCAGAUCCUCACCAGGAGGUCACGUAAGGCCAACGUCACGCUGCUCUUGGUGAGCAUCUGUUUCUCCCUGCUGGUCUUCUACCUCCUUUUCCUGCUUGGGAUCAACAACCACCCGCCAAAUUCCCCGCCGGGGGUAAAAGAGGCCAACGUGGCCCUCCCCUCGGACAAGCACGAGGAGCGCGACUCGGGCAUCUGCACCGCCGUCGCGGCGCUGCUCCACUACUUCCUGCUGGCCACCUUCGCCUGGAACACGCUCUACGCCACGCAGAUAUUCCUCCUGGUCCUCCGCCCCCUCGCGCAGAACGACCGCCCUUUCACCAUCGCCGCCCUGGUGGCUGGCUGGGGUUUCCCUGCAGCAGUUGUAGCUGUAACACUGGGAGCCACAUACACACCACAGCACCCACUGAACUAUCGGCAGGAGGAAUUCUGCUGGCUGGCUGCCCUGGACAAAGAGAAGAGGCUGGACUUGAGGAAGCCCAUGCUGUGGGGGUUCCUGCUUCCCGUUGCUCUGAUGCUGCUUUAUAACUGUGUGAUUUACGUGUACUUCACAGUGGAGACCUGCAGGACAAACCCAAUGCUGCGAAGCACAAGGAUAAGUUCUCCUGUGAAGAAGGUACUGAGCAGCCUUUCUCUGAGUGUAGUAUUGGGGCUCUCCUGGGUCCUGGGGUAUCUGCUGCUGAUCGACACCGCGAGCAGCAACAACGUCGUCGGCAUCAUCUUCUGCGUUUUAACCACCACCCAGGGCCUGCAGAUCUUCUUCCUCUUCACGGCCAGGACGUCCGCUUUCAAGAAGAAGCUUUCCGAGCUGCUGCAGCUCAUCCCGGUCCCCGAGAUCGCCCUGCACCACCGGAAAUUCGUCCUGUGGAAAGGCUCGCGGGACAAAACCUCCGAGUCAUACACGACAAUGUCGACCAGCCAGUUCUGAGCCGGGGGGCUGAAUUUUACAGCGGUGCACGCAGCAGAGCGGCACUGACUACGUCUUCAAAAAACGGCCAGGCGGUGACUCCUUUUCUCCUUCUCCGGAGCGGCUUCCUCAGCGCUGAGAUCGUCGCUCUGAUGACGAGUGCACAGAUCGCUCCUCGAGAGUCUCCUGUUAACGCCGCGUCCUGGUUAUGGGAGUCUUUCUGCCAAAAACAGAAGAAAAAAAAAAAACUGACAGAAAUCAUAAACCAGGGUAACGAGAUAGAUGGGAUUGAGCAGUAUUGCCGUAUGCUCAAGCAAUUGGAAGGAAAGCUAUUCCAGUUCUUGAUGAUUACACACACACACGCGCGCGCACACCCGUUGCAUACUGUUCAUUCCAGAGGUUGCAUCAGGUCACAGACUCAAAUGGCAACUUAGCGGGAAACCUGUUUAGGAAAUAAUUUACGAGGCUGCCUGUCAAGACAAUGUUCCGAUGUGUUGGACGGGCCCCACCGUGCGUUACCUAACCCAGCCCGGACCGGGCCGGGCCGGUACUGACUGAGCCCAGAAACCCUGCGGGGGGGGGGCAUGCGUGAUCGGCUGUUGUGUUGCCCCCGAAAGGUCAAAGGUCGUCAUUCGGCGGGGCGACCAUGUCUUGCCCCGUCCUUGUCAUUCGGGGGAGCCUCCAGCCUGCCUGUUCAAGCUGCACCUGAAGAGUCCUCCUCUGACUCAACAAUGACCCCAUCCUGAGUUUAACGUCAGUGAAAACCAUGGAAUUAUUUUGCAUAAACUGUGAUUGCUUUCACUGAAGUUGCCCUACCAUUGGAAAAACUUAAGCAUUGCCCUUUUUUAUAUUUUUAUAAAAGCGGUACACCAUGAGGGUACAAAGAUUAUCUGUAAAAGAUUAGUCUUUUUUGUCACCCUACAGUUAUGAAAUCAGCACUACACACCAAUUACAACAAAAAAAAAUCAAUAAGUGAUGUGUAUUUUGUAGUAAAAUCAGUUGGUGUACGCUGACGAAAUACAAAUACGUCUUUCCAGACGGUAAAUUUGGAAAACAGUUAUUCACUGAUUUAUUGGUGAGUGACAGUUUGUUUCUACAUGAAAAAUAUUAAUGUCAGGCUUUAUCACAGGGGGCCUGGGGAGGUUAGGUCAUUUUUGACUCGACACAGGGUGCAUGCAAAAUAUGAAGAUAACACGAAGGUUAAGUGAUGGACUGAAGCCCGAAAGGUGCGAUGAACUCAAUUCACACUUAACAUCACACCUGUUACUGAGUACAUCACCAGCUUGCCAGUGUUCCCCCAAACUGACAGAGGUAGUUAUGACAAUGAGCUUGAAAUAUAAUUGGAAAUUUUUUCAUUGUGAGAAACCAGGGAGUAAAAUGUUUAAACAAUUAA